AUCUAGGGACUCCCACCCCGUGACCUUCGAAGGGGAGUAAUCCGCAAAGAAGAAUGACGGGCAUUCGGCUGCUGUACAGAGAAGCAGAGGCAACGCCGUUCUUGGGAGUGCCUGCUAAGUUUGAAAGCACCAUCAAACUACUGGUACCCCAAAUUCAGACGGUGAAAUGAACCCUCGGAGAACGCGAUCGCGAAGACCUUGUCGUAAAAGAGCAUUAGUGACCGUAUGAUUCAGAGACAGAGCAAGAAAUGGGCCAGACGUCAGUUUCCACAUUGUCUCAAAGUGCGAGUGUUGAUGGCCUGGAAAAGGCCUCUUUGGCAAAUUCGGACGCGGUAGUCACUGACGCCCAGACGCCACAGCUCAAGCAGAGGGGCAAGCUCUCCUCGCUCGGCAAGAUCUUCAAGCCCUGGAAGUGGCGGAAGAAGAAAACCAGCGACAAGUUCCAGGACCUCUCCAAAGUGUUGGAGAGGAAAAUAUCCACCCGACAGACAAGGGAGGAGCUGAUCCGAAAGGGAGUCCUUAUUCCCGAUCAAGAUUCAGAAGAACCUAUAAACUCAAAUGGACACACUGCGUCCAUCAGCGUGGAACCUGUGACUGAGGAGGUCAAAGUGGACAUUGAGGUUCAGGAUGACUCGCAGGGAGGCACAGACGACAAAACAGGUAGAGCAUUGCUAAGGGGCACUGUGUCCGCAUCUACUCCCGUAGAGAAGAAUGACAAAAGACCUGUCGCAAAGGGGAACCCGUCACAAUCACUGGACACUCCCAGUAGAAAGUCCCAAGCACCUCCCAAAAGGAGCGGUGGGGCUUCGGGCACAACGGCCAGGAAGGAGGGAGCUAGUAAUGGCAAAAAGUUGCCCAAAGGUGGCGGUAAGCAGCCCUCUGCCCCGCCCUCCAAACAAAACCCCCCGAGCAAUAGAAGUGGGAUCGCCAAAUCCUCGCAUCCCAAGAAAUCGCCGGGGGCAUCCAAGAACGCAUCCCAGCUUUCGACGCAGCCCGCCUCCUCCUCAGCGACACGGAACCGGGACUCCAAGGAAGGAGCCACGGCUAAGGGCGGCGGCUCGGACCCCGUAAAGACCGAGAAGAAGCGGGGCAGACGGACAGACCCUGCCAAAUCUUCAGUCGCGCCCAGGGCCACCCCCGAGCCGGAGAUCCGACCGGCAGACGGUCUGGAGCCCGCAGUCCGGGAAGAGGUCCAGGGUAAAUCUAAAGCCCCCAGCUCUGAUGAGAAGCCCCAGCAGGACAGGCUGACUCAGACUGGGGAGGACCCCAAGUCACCCCUGGAGUCUAAUGACCAGAGUAUCACAGAGGACACUUCUUUCACUGAGUCCCCCAGUGAGAUUUACUCAGAUUGUCCUGAGGAGCCCUUGGGCAAAGAGGGGGAUGGCGAUGGUGAUGGAUGUAAAUCGAACAGUGCAGACAGCCACACAGAGAGCCCCAAACAGGUCGCAAGUGAAACGAGGGGCACAGGUGAUAGACAGAGGGCCCACGUGUCUAUCCCAGACAGCCCUGACGUGACGGUAAUCCCUGACAGCAGCAGGGAGUCCCAGGCCAGCGACUCGGACUCUGAUGGCCCCAUCCUCUACAGAGACGAGGAGGAGGAGGAUGAAGAAGACGAAUACACUUCAAGCUCUCUUGCCAGUAAGAUCCGGCGGAGGGACACGCUGGCCAUCAAGCUGGGGAACCGGCCCAGCAAGAGGGAGCUGGAGGAGAAGAACAUCCUGCCCCGCACGUCCGAGACGGAGCGGCAGGAGCUGCGGCAGCAGAUCGGAAGCAAGCUGGUGAGGCGAUUAAGUCAAAGGCCCACCACAGAAGAGUUGGAACAGAGAAACAUUCUUAAACAGAAAAAUGAGGAAGAAGAGCAAGAAGCCAAACAAGAAAUUAAACGAAGGCUAUCUCGAAAGCUUAGCGUGCGGCCCACAGUGGCGGAGCUGGUGGCCAGGCGUAUCCUGCGAUUCAAUGAGUACGUGGAGGUCACUGAUGCCAAGGACUAUGACCGCCGUGCGGACAAACCUUGGACCAGGUUGACACCCGCCGAUAAAGCUGCUAUUCGAAAAGAGUUAAAUGAGUUUAAAAGCAAGGAAAUGGAAGUGCACGAGGAGAGUAAACAGUUCACGAGGUUCCAUCGCCCCUGAUGCCAAGGCUUCUACCCCCAGCACACAACUCUUAAAGUCCCCUGAAAAUUCUGCUGCUGGGGGUGGGGGGUGGGGGGUGAGGGGGCACAAGACCAAGACUCACCGGCCUGGGCCUCACACACUGGAAGCUUCUGCCACAGACCCUGCUGGGCUUUGUCCUGGGAAUAGAGACAAUCAGUCUCCAGCUCAGAAAAUCAAUGGCUGAAGAAUGGACAUCAUUGCCCGGCUCAGACUGUGCAUCUUUAUUGCCCGCAAAGGGACGAAGCACACUAACACUUUGAAUGUUAAGAAGCCAGAGCAGAGCUGGGAAAGAGCUGGACGACCAUUUUAAUGACCUGCAUUAUUUUCUUGCUGGCUUUCUCAGGAGCUAUAAUGCUGUGACCUGAUUGAAGGACAAUGAGCAACGUGCAUGCACAUGUACAAAUCCCUUAUGUUUUUAUCAAAUCUUAACAGUAUGGAAGAAUAUAAAUUUGUAAAUAUUCGCAUUUUAGUUAUUUGCUGUGAAAAGUAUCAGCGUACCGUGUCUGUGAGCGUGAACCACAUGUUCAACAGGAGAUGCAUGCUGAACAUUAAUACAUGCCCAUAAGUGUUAAUCAGACAGAAAUAAUAAUUGGGUAUUCGUUAAUGUAAAUUUGCACCAUGCCUCAAGUAAAGAGGAGUAUUUAUGUCACGUCAUAGAACUGUAUUACUGUAUUGCCAUAAUAUUACAUAUCUACUGCACCCUGGGAGAGGUAAAGCAUAUUGUUUUUUCUUGUUCCUAUCGAGGCAAGCCAGCCCGAGUCUCCAAAUUUAGCUUGUUAUUCUUAGGCUGCUGUCUGUUGGACUGUACAUACUAGAUGCAGCUUAGUUUUACCAUCAUAUGUCAUUUUUGGAGAGAUGUCUGUGUUAUUAAGACUGCACAGAAAGUAUCCUGACAUUGUUUACUAUGACAAUUGAACAUUAUCCUCCCAAAUAAACGUCUUAUUUUUAAAAGAAAA